AGGCUCUUCUCCUCCUUAUAAAGCCACACUCGCAGCUAUUCCAUUACAAAACACAGACUUCAAACUCUCUCUCUCUCUUUGUCUCUACUCUGAUCUCUUCCAAUCCCACCAACCAAAAGAGAAAAACAAAAAAUAAUUCCCCGAAAACCAAGCUAAGUAUUAAGAUGCCUACCGAUAGUUCUUCAGUUUCAGGCCAUGGCCAAACUGUUUGUGUCACCGGAGCUGGAGGCUUCAUUGCUUCCUGGAUUGUCAAACUAUUACUAGAAAGAGGCUACACUGUUAGGGGAACCUUGAGAAACCCAGAUGACCCAAAGAAUGCUCAUUUGAGGGAGCUUGAAGGAGCUCAAGAGAGGUUAAGUUUGCGUAAAGCUGAUCUUCUUGACUAUGAGAGCCUCAAAGAAGCCAUCAACGGCUGUGAUGGCGUUUUUCACACAGCAUCACCGGUUACGGAUGACCCGGAACAAAUGGUGGAGCCCGCGGUGAAUGGAACAAAGAAUGUGAUUGUUGCCGCGGCAGAAGCUAAGGUUAAACGGGUGGUGUUCACGUCGUCAAUUGGUGCAGUGUACAUGGACCCCACCAGGGGCCCUGAUGUGGUGGUCGACGAGUCUUGUUGGAGUGAUCUUGAAUUCUGCAAGAACACCAAGAACUGGUACUGCUAUGGGAAAGCAGUGGCAGAGCAGGCAGCAUGGGAAGAGGCCAAGGAGAAAGGGGUGGAUUUGGUGGUGGUGAACCCAGUUUUGGUGCUUGGACCACUUCUGCAACCAACCAUCAAUGCCAGCAUCAUCCACAUCCUCAAGUACCUCACAGGCUCAGCCAAGACUUAUGCCAAUUCUGUGCAGGCCUAUGUGCAUGUUAGGGACGUGGCUCUAGCCCACAUUCUGGUGUAUGAAACUCCAUCUGCCUCUGGAAGAUACCUUUGUGCUGAGAGUGUGCUUCACCGUGGAGAUGUGGUGGAAAUCCUAGCCAAGUUCUUCCCAGAAUACCCAAUUCCCACCAAGUGCUCAGAUGAAGUCAAACCCAGAGUAAAACCAUACAAGUUCUCAAACCAGAAGCUACAAGACUUGGGAUUGGAAUUCACCCCAGUGAAACAGUGCCUAUAUGACACUGUCAAGAGCUUGCAGGAGAAGGGCCACAUUGCAGUGCCUAAACCACAAGAAGAUUCCAUUAAAAUUCAAUCUUAAAUUAAUCGUGUUUUGGGUGCUGCCUGCUGAAAACAAUUGCAUGGUAAUUAUAGAAAUUAAGAAGAAUCAAAAUUUGGAAGUCCUUAACUGUUUGUCCAAUUAUAUUGGUGCUUAAAUGAACGUAUUUUAAUAUUAUAUGGAAAGUUUUCUGGAA